AUGUCAAAGAAACCAGGUACUACCCAAGCAAUGCAUAAAGUUAUAAUGGUUGGAAGUGGAGGUGUUGGAAAGUCUGCUCUUACAUUACAAUUUAUGUAUGAUGAGUUUGUUGAAGACUAUGAGCCUACAAAAGCAGAUUCUUACAGAAAGAAAGUUGUAUUAGAUGGGGAAGAAGUACAAAUAGAUAUAUUAGAUACUGCAGGACAAGAAGAUUAUGCAGCAAUUCGAGAUAAUUAUUUUCGGAGUGGAGAAGGAUUUCUUUGUGUAUUUUCUAUAACAGAGGAUGAUAGUUUUCAGGCCACUCAAGAAUUUAGAGAACAGAUCCUUAGGGUAAAAAACGAUGAAAACAUUCCAUUUCUAUUAGUGGGAAAUAAAAGUGAUUUACAAGAAAAAAGAAAAGUCAGUUUAGCUGAAGCUCAAGCCAGGUCACAACAAUGGGGUGUACCAUAUGUAGAAACAAGUGCAAAGACAAAAGAAAAUGUUGAUAAGGUAUUUUUCGACUUGAUGCGUGAAAUAAGGUCGCGCAAGAUUGAAGACAAAUCGGCGAGCAACGGUCGUGGAAAGGACCGUGCCACAAGGAAGAAAAAGAAGUGCAUUAUUCUAUAGGUUACAAUUAUAGCAGAAAUAUCAACCUUACGCAAGAGUGUCUCUCACAGGCACGUACAAAAGAAGAUUCCUUACGUAAAUUUCGCUUGUUAUGUUGAUCCUUGCUUAUGCCUGAAAUACUGCGUAUGCAUGUACUACUUCCAUUCAGUAUCACGAAUUGC